GGGGUGGUUAGCUGGUGUUGAGGAUGGAGACAAUGCCAGGGAGUCUACGACUGUUUGUGUCUCUGGCUUUGCUAGUGCUGCCUGUGCACGGGUCGGGUCCUCUCCGCCACGCAACCAUUUCAUUCUUUCCAUUCUGCCUGAGAGGGGAAGAGUGGGUGGCCGGGGCGCGCUCAGGCAACAACAGCGUCUACCCCAUUCCCCGGCUGGGUCUGCCGCCCGCACCUUUGUCUGUCUGUCUGUCUGUAUAACCAUGGCGGCUGUCCAGCAGAACAUCUCUCUCAGUCUUCUCUCAUUUUCUGGGGCGUUAGCUCUGCCCGCCCACACAUAUCGAGAGCGCAGCAAUGCCGAGAGGACACGCAGGGCGGAACCGCGGAAUGGGGGGGGAGUGGAGCGAACAGCCAUGCGAGCCAAGCCGCGAAGCUCCAAAAAGAAAGAAAGAGAUGCACACUGCUCUCAUGCUGCAUGGGAGCACGCAACGGGUUGCAAAAAUAAAG